AUGUCGAAUAAUGAGUCAAAGGGCUGGCUCAAUUGCAUAGAAGGGGGCCAUGGUCCUUCGGGAAGAAGUAGAGAAAACCUAACCUCGAGAAACUUGACAGUUGGGCUAAUGGAAAGGCUAUUCGAUGACGGCUCAUUGUAUUCCAAGUGUGACUCUGUAAUUGGAGGGGAGAAGCGAGAGAAGUCUUCCGACAUGGCCAAGAGCCAAAGGUUUAUGGAAUCUUUAGGAGAGCGGCGAUGCCUUACGGCAAGAGAAUGCAUCGUUGACCGCGAUUCUGAGAGACUCUCUCGCCUCCUGAGCAAUCCUCGACGAAGCCAAGUCCCUACUGAUGACGACAACAAACUCAAAAAGCACAAACUCAAAACGACUCUAUCGCGUGAUCCGGUGACGACUCAUGAUCAUGACGUCUUCCUCUCUGAACAAGCUCAGAUUGACAAACUGCAGAGCAAAAGCCUGAGCUUCUACAGGGGACGAGGACCCUCAGUAGCUAAAAGCAUCGCCACAACAAACUUCUCGUUCGCAGAGUUUUUCGUCAACGUCCUACGGUUCGUUGCGAAUGAUUGCAAUCAUCAAAUUGAUCACCUUUCCAGUGUCAACGAAUCCCUAGACGGAGAGACAGGUUGCCAGUAA